CUCGGGCGGGCGUCUUUCCGAACUUUUGUUUGGAAGGGUUGGUGCGCGAAGCGACGGAUUUAUGCCCCUGGCUUCGCGUCCGGCGGAGCGAGAGCGCGGGAGCCCCCGAGUCCUGCCCCCCCUCGCGUGUUGGGCCCCCGGAGCCCCCCUCCCGCGGAAGACGGGGGCGAGGCGAGGGAGGGAGCGAACGACUCCGGCGCCUGGGCAUGCGGGGCGGCCAGCCCGGCGCUGUUGCUUAAGCGGAGCGAGCGAGCGAGAGAACGCGGAGGGGAGACGGCCAUGGAUGUCGCCGGACAGCCCCAGCAGGCUCCGUCGGGGGCGGCGGCGGCACCCCAGCCGUCGUCGGCGCAGCCCCAGCCUACGGGGCAACCUUCGCCGCCGGCGCCUCAGCCCGGCGGGGGAGCCGUAUCCGGGCCGCCCCCGGCCGGCCACCAGGUCGUCCACGUCCGGGGCGAUUCGGAGACGGACUUGGAGGCCCUUUUCAACGCCGUCAUGAACCCCAAGGGCGCCAACGUGCCCCACACGCUCCCUAUGCGGCUCCGCAAACUGCCGGACUCCUUCUUCAAGCCUCCGGAGCCUAAGGCCCACUCCCGCCAGGCCAGCACAGAUGCAGGAACGGCAGGAGCCCUAACUCCUCAACAUGUUCGUGCUCACUCUUCUCCAGCUUUGUUGGGAACAGUUUCUCCAGUUGCACUUACUCCAUCUGGUGUCGUUCCUGGAGGUACACCCUCUCAGCAUCUCCGUCAAUCAUCUUUUGAAAUCCCUGAUGAUGUGCCCCUACCACCAGGUUGGGAGAUGGCAAAGACACCUUCUGGCCAGAGAUAUUUUCUGAAUCACAUUGAUCAGACAACAACAUGGCAGGAUCCAAGGAAGACUCUCCUUUCCCAAAUGAAUGUCCCAGCUCCUACAAGCCCUCCAGUGCAGCAGAAUAUAAUGAAUUCAGCAACUGGCCCGCUCCCUGAAGGAUGGGAACAAGCCAUGACCCAGGAUGGAGAAAUUUACUACAUAAACCAUAAGAACAAGACUACAUCUUGGCUAGAUCCAAGACUUGACCCACGUUUUGCUAUGAACCAGAGAAUCAGCCAAAGCGCUCCAGUGAAACAGCCACCACCAUUGGCCUCCCAAAGUCCUCCGGGUGGAGUCCUGGGAGGUGGCACUUCCAAUCAACAGCAACAGAUAAGACUGCAGCAGCUGCAGAUGGAAAAAGAAAGGUUGCGACAGAAGCAUCAAGAACUGCUUCGGCAGGUGAGGCCACAGGCAUUGCGGAAUAUCAAUCCCAGCACAGCAAAUGCUCCAAAACGUCAGGAAUUGGCUCUCCGUAGUCAGCUUCCCAGUAUGGAACAAGAUGGCACCCAGAAUCGAGUAUCCUCUCCCGGAAUGUCUCAAGAACUCAGAACAAUGACCACAAAUAGCUCAGAUCCCUUUCUUAACAGUGGGACAUACCACUCCAGAGAUGAGAGCACAGACAGUGGCCUCAGCAUGAGCAGUUACAGUGUUCCCAGAACUCCAGAUGACUUUCUUAAUAGUGUUGAUGAAAUGGAUACAGGUGACACUAUCAACCAAAGCUCCAUCCCCUCCCAUCAGAACCGUUUUCCAGACUACCUUGAAGCCAUUCCGGGGACUAAUGUGGACCUUGGAACACUGGAAGGCGAUGCAAUGAAUAUAGAAGGAGAGGAACUGAUGCCAAGCCUACAAGAAGCUUUGAGCUCCGAUAUCCUUAAUGACAUGGAAUCUGUGCUGGCAGCCACCAAGUUAGAUAAAGAAAGCUUUCUUACCUGGUUAUAGGGGCCUCAGGGUGAUGGAAUUUGAAAUCUUUGAAGGAUCUAAGGAGAUAAGACAUGUACCUUUGUUGAGAACGAGUCUGUAUCAUAAAGGCAUCUUGGCUUAUGAUCAGAGAGGAUAAUGUUUUACUGAACAAAAUACUUCAGAUUUUGUUGAUCCAAUGUUUUGUUCUUUUUUUUUUUUUUUUUGUCCAAUCGCUGCUGUUAUAUCGCUGACCUCUUUCACGUUGACUCUGAAGAAUUCUGGUUUAUUUUAUUUUUUUCUGUUGCAACUACUGUUCAGCAUGGUGGUAAUGGACAGGGAGAGGAUGGGAAAGUUGGGAGAGAAAGAGAAAGAGACCAGCUAUAUUUCUGGAUGCUGUCUACCAUUCCUUUUGCCCUGCUUUCUGUUUGCUUGUCCUUUUCUUUGACUAAGGAUGUUGUGGAGCUUCAGCUUUUGUGUGUUGUCAAAAAAGAAAGAAAGAAAGAAAAAACUUAAUUGGCCCAGCAAGCCAAAAGUGGCAUAGCUGAUAGGAGGUAGGGUGGAGGGAGUCCAUACUAAUUUGGAAAUAAAGCAUAAAAUGUUUUAUUGUUGGGCACAAAUCAUGAGACAUUUUAGUGUUGGGUACAGUUCUUCAUGCUGCUUGAUCUAUAUUGAACAAAACGGACACACGCCAAGGGCGGCUGUUGGAUUGUGCCCACUGGCAGCUUCUUAAUUCCCUCGGUUAGUUUGCUCACAUUU